AUGAUCACGACAGUGACAGCAUACGACAACCUACGACAUCCUGCGACCACACGGACGUCUAACAACGACAACCGAGGUCAACAUACGUUCACCCGCGACAUGAUAACGCAAGCUACGACACUGUCUGCGACAUCUGAAGACAACAGAAGACAAUCUUCAUUUUAUCACCUGUUUCAUUUCUCUGGUGAAGUGGUUGCUUGUCCCAACGCCGGCAAGAUCCCCGCGGGGGAAAUGCAGUCAGCAAUGAAAGUGUCUUCAGAACACACUCCCGGGCGGAGAGGAAGGAAGCCGGGCAGGAAAAGGAGGCAGGAGCUGCUUCAGUCGGCUUUUAAACUGGCUGCUGCCGCCUCUGCUCCAGCCAAAGCAAUCCUCCCGCUGAAAAUACCCAAGAAGAGGGGACCCAAGCCUGGAAGCAAGAGGAAGUCCCGUCUUGCUGCACCAAGCCCACCGCCAGUCUCGCCCACCUUCAGCACCCCAGAGCCCGACACCAGUUCAGUGCCUCAAGACGCAGCGAAUGUCCCCACCUCAGCAAUCUCACAAGCGCUGACAGUUUGCAUAUAUGUCAAGAAACAUGCCUGCCCCGGUCCACACCUGGACAAGAAGAAACUGCAGCAGCUUCCAGACCACUUUGGACCGGCCAGGGCCUCCAUGGUCCUCCAGCAGGCCGUCCAAGCCUGCAUCGACUGCGCAUACCAGCAGAGGGCAGUCUUCUCCUGCCUGAAGCCGGGACAUGGCGGUGAACUCAUCUCAGCUUCCUUCGAUGGGGACCAGCACACACUGAAUCUCCCAGCAGUCCACAGUAUUGGCUUCAUCUUACGCUUCCUGGAGAACCUGUGCCACAGCCUGCACUGUGACAACCUCUUCAGCAGCCAGCCCUUCAGCAUCUACAAUGCAACCUCACAGAUCUCCCUGGACUACGAGAGCGACAGGAUGCAUCCAGAAGCAGAGAUACCGGAGGAUGUUCUCCUGGGGUCGGUGGAGAGCAGAUACGGCGUGGACUCUGCCGAGUGUCCCCUCCACUCCAUGGAGCGCCGCAGUCCCUCCGGGCGCAACGCCGUCGAUCACCGCAGCACCGGCCCGCUGCCCUACGCCUACCGCUCCAGCUACCAGCCCCCCAGCACGCCCCCCUCCGCUGCACCUCGACGCCUCUCACCCAGCACCCCCACCCCCACCAGCUUCUACGACGGCAAGGACCCCAUGAACACAGCUUGCAGUCCUGUCUUGGUGUCUGAGCGUCACACACUUGCCCAGGACUCUGUCCGGUUGUCCACUAGACAUCCCUCCACGUGGAGCGUUGAUGACGUGAUGCGGUUUGUCCGCGAAUCUGACCCUCACGCCCUGGCGCCGCACGCCGACCUUUUCCGAAAACACGAGAUCGAUGGCAAUGCGUUGAUACUGUUGAAGAGUGAUGUGAUCAUGAAGUAUAUGGGUCUGAAGCUGGGCCCGGCUCUCAAGCUGUGUUACCACAUUGAUAAACUGCAACAGAGCAAGCACUGAACUUGGUGUGGGGGGGGGGGGGUAAACUCCAUCUCUCCCCCCCUCGUUCUUGUGUCCUCUCCCCCCUCCCU